AUGAGAGUCCACCCCGUCUUCCACGUCAACAACCUCAAGCUGUACCAGCCAGACCAUGAAGAUCAAGCACGCAACCAACCUGUUCGAGAGCACGUCGACAUCAGACCACCCAAGCCGAAAGAAGUGGAGGAGAUCCUAGCAGAGAGAGUGACUAGAGUGUCAAGGCGCCCAUGCCAGCAGUUCCUGGUCAAGUGGAAGGGUCUUGGAGAUGAAGAAACCAGUUGGGAGAAUGUUGAAGACCUGAAGAAGAAGUUCCAGCAGAAGAUUCAAGACUUUAAGGCCAAAGCAGUCGGCGCUCCUGAAGAAGAAGUUCCAGCAGAAGAUUCAAGACUUCAAGGCCAAAGCAGUCGUCGAGAGCGCCGACAGCUUAAAUGGGGGAGGAUGGAUGUUUAG